GCCCCACAACUUCAUUGCACCAAGUAGGCCUGCCUAGAAGAAGGAGCCACACCUUCAAGGGGCUGCCUGGCCUUCUCCUCCACAGCUUUGCAUCCUGACUUUGCAGCUCUCAGGCCAAAAACAGGGAUUCUGUUUUUUUAAAUCCUGAGUGGAAACUCUGGGGUUUGGAAAUACUGGGGUCAACCCGCUUCCCCUUUGGCUGUGAGGCUCAGUGGUUGCGGGUUUCGGCUUUUGGGUGACUCCUGGGAGCCUCAGCCAAGAGCAGCAGCAGCAGCAUGGCUUCAGAGAUCCACGGAGGGCCACGGUCUCGCCAGCUGCAGCCUGCACGUUCCCUCCCAGGACCUUCCCAUUGCCUGAAGCAUUUUCCUGUUGAUUUGCGCACCUCCAUGGAUGGCAAGUACAAAGAAAUUGCUGAGGAGCUGUUCUGCCGUUCAUUGGCUGAUAGUGAAAUGCGCAGCGCUCCCUAUGAAUUCCCUGAAGACAGCCCCAUUGAGCAACUGGAGGAGAGGCGUCAGCGGCUGGAGCGGCAAAUCAGCCAGGAUGUGAAACUAGAGCCCGACAUUUUACUCAGAGCCAAACAGGACUUCCUGAAAAUUGACAGUGCUGCUGACUUACAAUUGUUUAAGGAACAGGGUGAAGAUGUGGUGGACCAUCUCCCAAAAGAACGAGAUGUACUUCUAGAGAGAGAAUUUCAGAGGGUCACUAUCUCUGGAGAAGAGACAUGUGGGGUUCCCUUCACAGACUUGUUGGAUGCUGCCAAGAGUGUAGUGAAAGCAUUGUUCAUUCGGGAGAAAUACAUGGGACUUUCUCUGCAAAGCUUCUGCAAGACCACAGCUCGCUUCCUGCAAGACCUUUCAGAAAAGCCCUUGGCUCCCAGGAUGUACGAAGAGAUUCCGGAGACCCCUGUGGCAGCAGAUGCUCCAGUACACCCACCAUUUACAAAUCAGCACCCUUAUGAGAAGUGUGACCCUGAAUCAAUGCCUGCAGACCUUGGAUUUGGCCUCAAGAUGGUCAAUGGAGUAGUUCACGUGUACACCAAGCAAGAUGUCACAGACAAGAGCACAGAACUGGAUUUGCCUUACCCUGACCUGCAAGAGUUUGUUGCUGACAUGAAUGUCCUUAUGGCUCUGAUCAUUAAUGGUCCCAUAAAAUCCUUCUGCUACAGACGACUGCAAUACCUAAGUUCAAAGUUCCAGAUGCAUGUCCUGCUGAAUGAGAUGAAAGAGUUGGCAGCCCAGAAGAGGGUGCCACAUCGUGAUUUCUACAACAUCCGGAAGGUGGACACACAUAUCCAUGCAUCAUCCUGCAUGAACCAGAAGCAUCUGUUGCGAUUCAUCAAACGAGCAAUGAAGAAGCACCUGGAGGAGAUUGUUCAUGUGGAGAAGGGCAAGGAGCAAACCCUAAAGGAGGUCUUUGAGACCAUGAAUCUCACAGCCUAUGAUCUCAGUGUAGACACACUUGAUGUCCAUGCGGAUCGUAACACCUUCCAUCGGUUUGACAAGUUCAAUGCCAAAUACAAUCCCAUUGGUGAGUCUGUCCUGCGUGAGAUUUUCAUCAAGACUGACAACAGAGUCUCUGGGAAAUACUUUGCCCAUAUCAUCAAGGAGGUAAUGUCUGACCUAGAAGAGAGUAAGUACCAGAAUGCAGAACUGCGACUCUCCAUCUAUGGCCGAGCACGGGAUGAAUGGGACAAGUUGGCCAAGUGGGCUGUGACACACAAGGUGCAUUCCAACAAUGUGCGCUGGCUUGUGCAGGUGCCACGUCUCUUUGAUGUGUACAAAACAAAGAAGCAACUGGCCAACUUCCAGGAGAUGCUGGAGAACAUCUUCCUACCCCUCUUUGAAGCUACAAUCCAUCCUGCCAGCCACCCAGAGUUGCAUCUUUUCUUGGAGCAUGUAGAUGGCUUUGAUAGUGUAGAUGAUGAGUCCAAACCAGAACACCACAUCUUCAACUUGGAUAGCCCCUUGCCUGGGAACUGGGUAGAAGAAGACAACCCUCCCUAUUCCUACUACCUUUACUACACAUACGCCAACAUGGUGGUGCUGAAUCACCUGCGCAGGAAGAGAGGCUUCCACACCUUUGUGUUGCGGCCUCACUGUGGGGAGGCUGGGCCUAUCCAUCAUCUGGUGUCAGGUUUCAUGCUGACAGAAAACAUAUCACAUGGCCUCCUGCUGCGAAAGGCACCUGUGCUACAGUACCUUUACUACCUGGCCCAAAUUGGUAUUGCCAUGUCUCCGCUUAGCAAUAACAGCCUGUUUUUGAGCUACCACCGUAACCCACUGCCAGAGUACCUGUCUCGGGGCCUCAUGGUUUCCUUGUCCACAGAUGAUCCCCUGCAGUUUCAUUUCACUAAGGAGCCCCUGAUGGAGGAAUACAGCAUUGCCACACAGGUGUGGAAGCUGAGCUCCUGUGAUAUGUGUGAACUUGCACGUAACAGUGUGCUCAUGAGUGGCUUUUCCCACAAGGUAAAGAGCUACUGGCUUGGGCCCAACUACCUGAAGGAGGGGCCAGAGGGCAAUGACAUCCGGCGCACCAAUGUGCCAGACAUCCGGGUGGCCUAUCGCUACGAGACGCUCUCUCAGGAGCUGACUCUCAUCACUCAGGCUGUGCAGACAGAGGAACUGGAGACCAUCCAGGAGGAAGACCUUCUGACUAUGAGCUCCAGUCUGGAUGCCCGCUGAAGGAACUUGGAUCACCAGCUCCCAAUCAGCUCCAUUCUGGCCUGCUAAGAUGGGCUGUUCUGUGAGCAUGAGGAGACCCUGGACACACACCCAUUCUUUCCCUAUCAACCCUUUUAGUUUCCUUUUUCCACUUCAAAGCAUACCAUUACCUUCUCUGUUCUCCUGGAAAAGCCUUAAUGUUUUGUUUGCACUUGGUAAUCUACGGGGACAUUCUUGAGUUGUAAAUGAUUAGAAGCUCCAGAGUCUAGAAUGCAAUUUAGGAAGGGCAGGGGAGAGAGGAGAGCUUCCUGCAAGUGGAUGGGAGAGCCAGCAGUGCUCUUUGUUGAGCUGAAACCAGAGAUCCAGGGAAGAUGAUGAGCCAGGGAGCUGUUGAUUAAACUCAGGAGCUCAUAGCAUGUCUGUACUUUUGCAUGUAGGCAAAACAAAGCACCAGUGAACAAGCACAUAUCCUGGUUAGGUUCAGAAUGAGAUUUAUGUGUUUGGCCAGGCCAGAAUCUAAACAACUAUGGUAGUUCCUUCUGCUAACUCACAUGUAUUUUCAUGUUACAGUAUCUUCUUUCCUUGGCUGUUCCUAGCUGCAGUUUCCCAUUGGCCGGUAAAAAAUAUCCUUUCUGGAUGAGCCAGACCUCUCCUUUCCCAUCCACCUACUGUAGCAUAUUGCCACAGUUACCACUGCACAAUAAAACCUUUCACUGUGAGUGAAGUACAGUCAAUAGACAAGAGCCUUUGCCUUGCCUUUUACCACCCCCUGAGCCAGAAGUGGGCAAAGGUGAAAGAUUUGGUGGCAAUUUUUGGCCUCCAGGACCUUCCACAGACCAUAGUUUGGCUAAAAAUUCCACCACCACCCCCAUCCCAGUAACAAAAAAUAUUCAGUUAGAAGUUGUUGAGUGUCAAUUUCUCCCCCCCCCCUUUUUUUUUUUUUAACUUUUUAAAGUUUGUGGAGGAUCCUCUGACCUUGAAAAAAACCAAACACUGCUCCUGCAAGCUUCCAGAAGCAGAAAACAUUAUUUUUAAAUAGAAAAUAAAAUGAGGGUAGAGGGAAUCAGGGAGGCUCUGAAAGGCUCCACAGGCCUUAAAAAUGGCUUGUGGGCCACAUGCUGAUCACAAGCUGCACUUUACCUACCCCUGCUCUAAGCUUUUAGUCUCUUUGGCUCAGGGAAAGCCUCAACCCUUGAACCUCUGCCUUAGGAGGUGGAUUAUUGUGAGCAGGGAGGAGCUCAGUCUAGCUCGAGAUAAUAGGGAAAAGCUUGUGUGCCAGAUAUCUGGCACUUUUAACCUUUGUGUAUCUUUUCUGAAUUUCUCUGAGGGUUGCAUGCCUUUAUUAAUGCGGUGAGUGGUGGCUAACAGUGGUUUUGGCACUGAAGGGAUAAGGUUGUCCUCUAUAGCAGUUGCGGUGGGUGACGCUUGUUCAGUAUGGAGGGGAACUGUCUUUGUCUUCUGAGCUGCAUAAGAUCUGUGAUCAAGACUGAAUUGUGCUUUGUUUUUAAAAAAAUGAUUUUAAAGCAAAGCUUUGAAAAGGUACUUUUCUAAAAUUCAGCUCCUGGAUUUCCCAGAUAGUAUGACCACUGGGAGUCUAAAAAGUAACUUUUCCAAGCUCUGCUUUGAAGUGGUUCCAGUUUGAACAAAUCAGUGGCACUGGUCGAGGAUAGAGAGGAGGAGGAAAAUGUUAACCUGUCUUUCCCCACAUUGGCACUGUCUGGAGCAGUUGGACUGUAGCUCCCAUAAUCCCACAGCCAGCCUAAAGAGAAUAUGGGGGCUAUAGUUCAACAGCUCUGGAGGGCACCAGAUUAGGGAAGGGUGGGUUUAGUACAUUUACCUGAUCUAAAUUGUUCCUCCAAAUCUGUUCUUGCAUGAAGAACAAAGGAUACAGGAGCCUGCAUUAUAGUUGUCCUUAUUUUUUUUAAUGUGAGGGAGAGUAGCAUUUUGGGGGAAUGGACCGAGAUUAGAAAAAUGGUGCAGAAGAAAGAGUAGUCAUAACAUCUGCACUACUUUCCCAAACAAAAUCUGACUGCUUCUCCCUGGAGAAUUCUUUUAACAUUUUUGUUUGCUUCUUUUUUUAAACAAAAGUUGGAGGGUUACUCCCCUAUCUGCUUUUGCCAGUGUCCUAGUGCCUGACGUGUGUGACUGUGGAGAUGUUUGUACACACACUCUUUAUCAGAAAACAGACCGCUUACCUGUUGCUUUGGACUGGGGAGAAUGUUUAGCUCCCUGUGCCAUGCUUGGGCUCACCACCUAGGCAACCCUCUUGUCCUGAUUAUACUAGGUUAGGGAGACAACCUCUGGUCAGGUCUCUGGCCCUGCAUAAUAUAUAUGUAGGCAGAUACAAUCUGCCCUCCUGAUAUGUGGUUGAUCUGUUCCAGACCUUUCCCCCGCGUAUGGGGAAAAGAGCAUAUGCUCAAGCCCCAUAGAAAAUAAUGGCGCACAGCUAUAGUAGGGAAACCUUUGUCUAUCUGCCAUCCUAGAGUAGGAGAUCAAUUUCAUAGAGUCUUUGUGCCAUUUAGGGCCAAAACCACAGCAGCAGUAAUUUCCUAAACCUUGCCUCCCUUUUGCCACCUGGCAUGUCUGACUUAGGAAUGCUAAUUUAAUUCAGUUCAAAUUGCAUUUCCUAAACCUUAUGGGGACAACAGUGACAGAUACAAAGGAAUGUCUCCAAGGUAAGCAGAGAGCUUGCAGUGCUAUCCCUUUAGGCUGCUAUGGACCAAAAUCUCAAGAUCUGUCUUGUAGCCAGUGCCUUGCUUAGAGUCAUGCAUGGAGUUUGCCAAGACUGAGUAAAGCCCCCCUCUUCUGUGUGAUUUUACCUCUGAAACUGAAGUGUGCUGUAUAUUGUCUUGUGAGAGAGUGCUUGCAUGUGAGAGAAAUGAAUCCCUUUCUAAAAAGUCUUUGUCUGGCAUCCCACCUCCAUGAUUUGGAAGGGAGGAAAUGUUUUUUCUCCAUCUCCAUACUUUUGUUUGAGAUCUUGCUGAGUACCAAGAAAGCAUGGGAUGGAAAUGAAUUGCCUUGGUUGUAACCAGCAGAUGUGCCUUGCAGAUCUGAACCACAUGUUCUGGGUCAAAGCAGGGUAAUUUGUGAAGAAACAGUCUGGCCAGUGAGUGAAACAUAAUUGUGGUCCAUGUUAAGAGCAUUCUCUAUUCCUGCCCCACACCACCCCAGUCUCACCUUCCUCCUCCUUGCCACAACCUGCCUUGCUUCUCUUUGGUACCUUGAAGGUAUGUAUGCCAUGUUAGUUUUUGCAUUGUUGUCAGCUGGAGAUUAAACCUUUGUCUUGCUGGCAAUAACUCUACUCUUAUCACUGAUAAUUCUGUCAUUUGGAUGACUUCUAUAUUUGUUUGUGCUGAAAUGUGGUGGUAGAAAUCCUAUUGAACAUCAGCAUGAUCCAUCAUUAAAAACUAUUUAAUUAAACCAU